AUAUACCACCCUCAUUUCAUGACCUUGCUUUACCGAUUUGUCACAAAUGAUUCUGCUAUCAGGUCACGCGGCCCGUGGCUAUCCACAGAUUCUGCACAUUUCGCCGUUGCUCUGCCCCUGUAAACUCGACGACGAAAAAGUGCCGGGUAAAAGGAACUCGAAUUUUCCAUUCAUUAUUGGUUUCCCGAGGAGAAUAAGAAGUAAAAAAUCUGUUGGUAGUAGUAUUCCUCACUGGAAUUCUCUGCCCAGAUUCAUUGUUAGGGCGUGUGUCAUUCCAACCGAUAGCGGAAACCCUAAUUUCAAUGUAGAAAUUGCGAAUUCCACAAGGCGAGUAGCGAAAAGGUUCGUUCUGAAUCGACUAAACGAUGAAUUGGAACGCGUUGAAUUGCCUCAAGAAUCCGUUAACGUGGGAAUGGGUUCGAAUUUCACUAGCUUCCAAGAAGACCCUAUUGUAGAUAAGCUAAGGACGCAGCUAGGGGUUAUACAUCCCAUCCCAUCGCCUCCGAUUAACCGGAAUAUAGUAGGAUUAUUUGUCUUCUUUUUCUUCGUUGGGGUUGCAUUUGAUAAGCUGUGGACAUCUAGGAAAAGGAAUAUAUCAGGCGACGAGGGGCGGCGAGGUACUUGGCCUCAGGUGCCCACUAGUUUUUCUUUGUUCCUUGAGAAGGAUUUGCAGAGGAAAGAGUCUGUAGAAUGGGUAAACAUGGUUUUGGGGAAGUUGUGGAAGGUAUACAGAAGUGGGAUCGAGAAUUGGAUAAUUGGGUUGCUUCAGCCAGUCAUCGAUAAUCUAAAGAAACCGGAUUAUGUGCAGAGAGUUGAGAUAAAGCAGUUCUCGUUGGGGGAUGAGCCAUUAUCCGUUAGGAACGUGGAACGUAGAACGUCACGUCGUGUAAAUGAUUUGCAGUACCAAAUAGGCAUCCGUUAUACUGGUGGUGCUCGUAUGCUGUUGCUGCUCUCACUAAAUUUUAGUAUUAUACCAAUUGCUGUGCCAGUUGGCGUUCGAGAUUUUGACAUUGAUGGGGAACUUUGGGUCAAAUUACGACUAAUACCAUCAGAGCCUUGGGUGGGAGCAGUUUCUUGGGCCUUUGUUUCGCUUCCUAAAAUCAAGUUUGAAUUGUCACCAUUUCGCUUGUUCAAUCUUAUGGCAAUUCCUGUUCUCUCAAUGUUUUUGAAGAAACUUCUCACAGAGGAUUUACCUCGGCUUUUUGUACGUCCAAAGAAGAUUGUUUUGGAUUUCCAGAAGGGAAAAGCUGUGGGUCCUGUUCCAAAUGAUUUCAACUCGGGAGAAAUGCGACACGAAAAUAAAGAUUUGGUUGGAGAGUCACCUCUAUUCCAAAAGGGGAAAGCUGUGGGUCCUGUUACAUACGAUGUCAAGUCAGGAGAAAUGCAAGAAGGAAAUAAAGAUUUUGUUGGAGAAUUGUCUGUAACUCUUGUAGAUGCUCGAAAACUUUCUUUCAUUUUCUUUGGCAAAACUGACCCAUAUGUUAUUCUAAGUUUGGGAGAUCAAGUUAUACGCAGCAAAAAGAAUAGUCAAACCACCGUCAUUGGGCCUCCUGGUGAGCCAAUUUGGAAUCAGGAUUUUCAUAUGCUGGUUGCCAAUCCUAGGAAACAAAAGUUACAGAUCCAAGUCAAGGACGCCCUUGGAUUCACAGAUUUGACUAUUGGUACAGGAGAGGUUGAUCUGGUAUCUCUUGAAGAUACUGUACCAACAGACAGAGUUGUGGUCUUGCGAGGCGGUUGGGGACUAUUUAGGAAGGGAUCCUCUGGGGAAAUACUACUUCGACUGACAUAUAAAGCAUAUGUUGAGGAUGAAGAAGAUGAAAGGACUGAGGCUGAAUCUCUUGAUACAGAUGAUUCAGAUGAUGAGUUGUUUGAUUUAGAUGAAUCAGAUGGACCCUAUGAGCAGCCUGUAAGGGAUGUGUCUAACGGACUGGAUAAAGAAUCAUUUAUGGAUGUUUUAGCAGCUUUGCUUGUCAGUGAGGAAUUUCAGGGGAUAGUGGCAUCUGAAACAGGAAAUACCAAAUCUGCUAACGAUGCUAAAAGUACACCGUCAACAAGAUCAAGCUCACGCAGUGUUAAUGGUGAAUCUUUGCUAUCAAAUCCUGAUAGUGGUUCUGAAGGUUCUGGAGGGUCAGCUUUAGUUUGGCUUGCUGUCGUCACAAUUAUCUUGGUGCUCACUGCCAUUAACAUGGGUGGUUCAAGCUUUUUCAAUCCUUGAGCACGACGGUUUGAGGAUAGCAGGGUUGGCAACAUUCUGCAUUUUUGUUGUCAUUGAGAGGAACAUCGUAUGCACCAUUUUUGCUCGUAUCUUCGUAGCUAUAUGCAGAGGAAUACCUUUUGGCGGCAGGAAGUUUUUAUAACUGUAAAUUUGCUAUGGUUCUACAUUUUUGUAUCCCUUCUCACAAAGAGCUGCAGAAGUCUGUUUGUAACCAAUUUCUUGGAACAAGAUUGAUCACCUAGCUCUGAGUCUAUGAAAAGUAGAAGUCUCACCAAGGAAAGAUGGGACCUUUUAUCCCUGACGCCCAAGCUUAUAAUCUGGUAAGUACAGCAACUAUAUAUAGCCUCAGCUGUCGAUACUUUGUUCCGUUGUUGAUAGCUAUAUAAUCAAGGGGAAUAAAGGUAUUGUUUCGAUCUUA